AUGCCCACAAAACCGCAAAGAACAAUAUUUACAAUCGCAGCUAAUCUGCGAUGGUCUGCGGUGGGCCUCGCCCUCAACGCGGUUGCGGUGCGGGCCGAUGAGCUACCACUGGCUAAACAUGGGCCAGAAGCAACUCUAAACAACUCAACCGAAGUCACCUUUGACCCCCUCGGUGUUGCGGCGGUGCUACACAAUCCGCGCGCCAGUCUGAGUGCCGCCAGGUUAUACACGCAGUAUGAUCGUCGCUUCUUCAUAUGGCCGCAUACAAUGAUGAUGGGGGCGACCCUGAUCCCCGUGAAAGUGCUGGUUGAGCAUUUGACUGCAACGUUCCAGUCCAUCCAUCCUGCCAUUACCUUGUGCACCCAGGACACUCAGAACUUGCCCGUGGUGUCCAAUAUGGUCUUUAAGGAAUUCCCACUUGAUUUUGGGAACAUGUGGCUGGGCGACGUGAUUGCGUUCAAGUCCUCCUCAAAGCCCGCCAAUGACUUCAUGAUUGUUUGCAUGGACAGCGAUGACGACGACAACAGACGACAAAGCCCCGAUGGUCCCUCCAAAAUGACACAGUGGCUAGGCUGCUCCGCGCUCAAUCUCAUCUCCCUCAUCAACGGCCUCAUCAUCGUCGCUGGCAUUGUGCUUGGUCUCCUCAGCGCCGAUCUCUGGGCACUCACACUCUUCUUUUUCUACGGCACACACUGGCUGGCCGGUCUUGCCGUAUCAAUGACCUCGCUCGUCACGCCACAGAAAAUCAAUAUCAAAAAGGACCCGACCCCGCGCUUCGCCAUCUACCAACGACCCGCCGGGGGCACCGUGGUCUUCAAGGGCCGCCAGGACACCAUGGAAGCCUGGGCGCGAAGUACCUGGGAAUUCAACCGAUCUCUUAAAAACAGUAUUUUGCAUUGGUUCUGGACCAUCACCGGCACUUUGUCCGCCAUCUGCUCCGUUGCAUGCAUGGUCAACAUGCUCGGAUACAUGCAAUUGGCGUUUUUGGGACUAUUAGUCUACGCCUCUCUGGCCGAAAUUGUUGCGACCCGUAUCACGCGGAUUCUGCAGGGGGAGGCCGAGGCAUUGGAUCGGAAGUUUUUGGUGGAAAAUAACCCAUUCCGCACUACAGGCGUGAUUCGAGCGACUGUUGAAGUGGACAAGAAGUUCCGAUUGAGUGCGUUGGACUGGGUUGGGCUAAAGCGCAUGCCGUCCGAUCAGAUAUUUAGGGAUAUGCAAGAUCUAUUAGCGCGUAUUAAUGAAUUCCAGGCGGAGGUUGAGGCGGGGAGGGAGGUAGUGCCAGAUCGGGGUCCUCGGUGGCAUGAGAAAGUCAAUGAGGCGUUUGGAAGGUUCGCGGAAAAUAGGACUGAGGAUCCGGUGCUGGUAGCCCGGAUACAGGAGGAGGCGAAGAAUGCUUUGGAGAAGUGGUGGCGGAACAGAGAAGACGCUUCGUUGAGGACUGACGAGAUUAAACCUCCUUUGGUUUGA